AUGCAACGGUCAAGAAGUGGUAGACAACGUUCACGUUCGCAUGAUCGAAAAGAACUGACACGUUGUGAUUCCAAGGAUAGGCAGAGGAAAGCUGAUUUAGGAGAACUUCGUACCCGAGAUCUUGAACACGAUUCAAGAAGUUACAAGCACGCCGAUUCUAGCUCCUCCUCUCCCACUCGGAGAGGCCGUUCACGAGAAAGACCGAGCGACAAGGAAGAAAGAACUCGAACUUACAGAAGCAGAAGUAGUUCUACUUCUUCUGAACGUGAUCUUUCGAGAAAACGACGUAAACACAAGAGUCGUAAACGAUCACACACCGAAUCCGACGAUACCGAAUCGUCAGAAUCAUCGUCAAGCAGGCAUAGGAAAAAGAAACAUAAAAAACGGAGGAACGAAAAGAGUGAAAAAAAGAAGAAAGAUAAGAAGGAAUUCAAUUUAUGGUUGUUGGAAGUAAAACAUCUUAACGUUGAAGAAGUAAGCCCCUUUAUGAUGAAAGAACAUUUCAAACAUUUUGUAGAAGACUAUAAUACGGCAACUUUUCCGCACAUAAAAUACUAUGAUGUUGAAAAAUAUUUUCGACAGAAAAGAGAUAAACGUAAUUUGGCACGACUCAUGGAUGAUGAAACGGACGCUUUAGUCGAUUUAAAGAAAGAUGAAGAGGAACUUCGGAAACAGCAUCGUCAACAGACUCGCGUACCUCCUGUGACUGAUUCAUUAUUGACUAAAGAUCAAGUAAUUGAGAUCAAACGUGUGUUUGAAGAACGAGUUCAAGCUGAAAAACUGAGAAAAAUGGGCUUCACACCUAAGGAGAGUAUGGGCGUGCGUUACGAAUGA